GCGCGCUGCCACUUGUUGAAUCACUUCUCGUGUCGAUAUUGAGACCUGUUGUCGCCAUGCUGAGCCUGUGGGCCCUUGAGCCCACUGUUUCUGGGACUCAAUGAUUGUUAUUCUGUACUCAGGAAGCAGGAAGUUUGACGAGAUAGGAUGGUCCCUUAAGGGAAUCAAUCCUAAGAGCAGAUACUUCUCAAGGACCCGUGGAAGGUGACUUGGAAGUGUAUUCCGAAGGGAAUGUAAGCCCCUUGAAGACUUCCUGUGAGUGGAGGAUGGAAUGUGAGGUGUAGACAGUGCAUGUUGCCGCUCCUUAUUGGCUACUAACUUUAGACACAGCCCUGAUGAGUCCAUGGAAAUGGGUCAGCAAAGUUAAGUCAGAGCUAUAACCCUGAGUUUUAGCUCAGACCUGAUGACUUGAGCCUGCUGAUGUCCAGUGUUCUGGAAAUUCAGUGCCCAUAGAUGUGGACCAAGGAAGAGCCCCGGCCAUGGUCACUCUUAUCACAGAGAAGCUGCAGAACCAGAGUUUGGAUGACCUUACCCGAAGGGCCCGUGAGGCUGGCCCGUAUUCUGCUGAGAAACUGAACAAAAGUGGCCAUUUGUUCCCUUUGGAGAUUGGCGUGGACAAAAGUCCCUGGAAGGCCUUACAUGGAGGAUGGCCCAUUGGAAGCCAGGUGGCCUCAGGCCCUUUCCCAUUAGGCCCACUUGGUGUGUCUCACAACGAAGGUCUCAAAUGGCAGCUGGCAUCUCCAGGGCCUAUGAAUGUGGGCAGCUUCUUGGACCUCCGUGAGAGCACAGGGCCACCUGCAGCACCACCAACCAAGCGACACUGCCGGUCCCUGUCGGAACCAGAGGAGCUGGCUCGAUGCCGCUCCCCAUGGCGCCCUGGCAGCUCCAAGGUGUGGACUCCCAUCUCUAAGAGGAGGUGCAACAGUGGUGGGAGCGCCACCCUGCAGUGCUGCAGCGCUCUCGGGAGCCCUGCCCUGCAGGGGCGUUCAGGCCUGCCCAGGAGUUCUGUGUCACCGCCGACGCCCCGGCCAGCUUCAGCCAGCAGUGGCUUUGUGGAUGUCAGUGAGGGCAGCGCAAGCUCAGGUCCGCCUUGGCUUUCUGCAGGACCCUGCCCAUUUUCCUCCAGGCGCCGACUGUCUCUCUCACAAGAGCACCUUGUAGAUGCGAACACUUGCCUGCCUUCAGCUAGCAGCACCCCCACAUCCACACCUGAGCUAGGCCGACACCAUGGCCUGCUCCGGUGCCGCUCACAGCCUUGUGUGUUGGAUGGGAGGAGGGUCCGGCGCAAGCGGAGACGGGAGGAGGAUGCCAGGUGGACACGGCCAUCCUUGGACUUUCUGAAAAUGACACGGACUUUAAAAAACUCAAAGAGCCUUUGCUCCCUGGACUAUGAAGAUGAUGAGGACGAUACCCAGGCGAAGACUGUUGUGUCCUCCCCGUGUAACUCUCAGGGCCUUGUGGGCAUCAUCACACCUGGCUCCAGCCCAAGGAUCCCUAGACCUGGCCCAACCAGCCCCAGUGCCUGGGCUUCAGAGGAGCCAGAGGCCAGCACAGGAGAGGGUGGGAGCAGUGGGGAGCCCAGUGACUGGGACAGUGCAGGAGAGGAGGGUGUCUUCCCACUGGACCACAACGACCUGGACCUGGAGCAGAUCGAGAACAACUGAAUUUUGACUGAGCGUAGUUACUGUCUUGUCACCUUGGUGCCUGACCAGUGGAAAUAACUUGUGUGUUAUUUUGAAAAUUGAGGCGUAAUUUUGAUUCAGUUUUUCCUAAAGAAGUAUUUUGCAUUUUUAUGGCUUCUAUAGUUUGGGAGAGCUUCUCUAUUUUGAAAUGGGUUUUCAGAGGGCAUUGUAUUAAACAUGGUUCUGCCUAGA